AUGUCCGCCAGCAGCAGUAUUGUAGACGCCCUGAUCAUGGGCGGAGGUCCCGCUGGCUUGAGCGCUGCUCUGGCUUUUGCCCGCCAGAACCAAACUGCUGUGGUCUUCGACAACGGCCAAUAUCGCAAUGCGGCCGCUGAUUACAUGCAUUUGAUCCCGGGAUGGGACCACAAACCUCCCAGUGACUUCCGCGCCGCUGCUAGAUCACAGAUGACCGACUCGUACGACGUCAUUCGCAUUCUGGAAGAUACCAACGUUGCCACGGCCCAGAAGACGGAGCAGGGAAUCUUUCAGCUCUCAGACGAAGCCGGAAGAACAUGGAGUGGGAAGAAGCUGAUUCUUGCCACUGGCGUCGAGGAUGUCAUGCUGGACAUUCCUGGGUAUGCCGAGCUCUGGGGCAAAGCCAUCUUUCAUUGUCUGUACUGCAAAGGCUAUGAGCAGCGAGGCGCGUCUGCUGGUGUUCUUGCCGUCGGCCCGCUAGGAAACGUCAAUACUGCGCUUCACAUAGCCCGUCAAGAGACGGCUCUGAGCAAACGGGUCACGCUCUAUUGCAACGGCAAUGAGACUCUAGCUGCCGAAAUUGUUGCGGGUUUCGGGACCGCAACAAACAUGAAGACGGAUACGCGAAAGGUGAAGGAAUUCGCCGCCGGCAUUAGUGGUAAAGGUAUUGUGAUUCGGUUCGACGAUGGAUCGGAAGCAGUGGAGGAUUAUCUCGCUCAUCAGCCGCCUACGAGGCCUAGAGGUAAUCUGGCUGAUCAACUUGGGCUCGAGAAAGCACCCAACGGGGAAGUCAAGGUCUCAAGUCCCUUUCAGCAAGCCAGUCUGCGUGGAGUUUUCGCCGCGGGAGACAACGGCGCCAUGCUGAAGAACGUACCAAAUGCAGUGUUCAGUGGUCAUGUCGCGGGACAAAUGGCAUCCACGCAGCUUUUGGCCGAUUUGAAUGGCCAAAAGUCGCUUUUCCCUCUGUAA